CGAUUUAUCGAUACAUUUGACAGCAAAGCUCAUCGAAGACCGAUAACACAUCUGGCAACACUGCGUAAACAGCUGUUCGCAUAGCGCCGUCACAUUCGCACUCACGAUUGCUGCCACAGCAACAGCAGAGCGAAAAACGUAAACAAAUCGGUUUUUGAAUUUAUAAUUGCACCCGAGGACCAAAAUGAGUGGCAAGGACGAUCGAUCGAAGGACAAUCGCCGCAAUAUGAAGCAGCAUAAAUACUACCACAAGCAGCAACAACAGCAACAGCGUGGCAGCAACAACACCUCAUCGAGCUCACCGCAAACGAACGCUGUGCGCAGCCUGGUGGAUGUGGCCGACUCCAGCGAUGAGCCACGCUUUGCUCGCAAGAACUGGUCGAGCGGCACUCGCUCUUUAGCCCCGCAACAGAGUCGCGAGAUGCCGCCACCCGAUGGCGAGGAUGAUGACGAUAUGGAGCAAGCUGGCGGUGCUCCAUUGGAUGAGAAUGCACGCGCUCAGCUGCGUGCCGGGGACUACAAGCAGAUGGCCCAGUUUCCCAGCAUGGGUGGCGGUCAUUUUAGCUUCGGUGCUGAAAAGGAAUGGAACAACAUUGCCGAGGGACAAACACAGCUGCACACAAAGGCAGCCAGCAGCUAUUUCACGCUGAAUCUGGGACUGCUCAAUGCGGGACUGCUGACGAUACCGUUCUACAAGCGCAUGGACUACUCAAGCAGCAUGUUUACACGCCAGCAAAUUGUUGCACAAACCGAGGCAGCCGAGCGCGCUGAGCGCACGUAUCAGGAGCGCGUGCUGCGCGAGCUAAAUGGCAAUGACAAUCAACGCACUGCGAGCGCCAAGUCGCGGGUUCCUUCCGCCGCCAAGUCGGUGGUCAAAGAGCCAACGCCAGUGGCUGUUGAGCCGCCAGAUGAACUGGAUGAGUUGCUGGCCAUGACAAACACUCAACUGGCGGUGACAACGCCAACAACAGUUCCUGCCACGCCGUUGCCCCAAGCAACGACUCCGACUGCAGCUGCAAAUGCCAGCAAAAACGAUGUGGAGCAGUGGCUGGACAGCGUGCUGGAUGAGUAAAUUUGGGCUGGCAAUCGAGAGAACUUCCUAACUAUUCCCACACAUUUUAAGUAGUUGCUUAACCACAAGCUAGAAAGUGCCUUGCUUUAUGGCACCUUUGAAUUUGAAUAUUAUCGAGAGCGUAACAACUUAAAAGUGACGUUAACCAACACUGCUGCAGUGCAGAUUGAACCGUUAGUAAAGGAAUUCUUUUUAGUGAUCUGUUCUUUUUUUUUUUGGUAAUCCAAAUUUAAAGUGAUUUGAUGUUUGAAUUCUUUAAAUCUACAAACAAAUUAAUAAGGAAUACAAAUUUCAACUUAACCAUAUAUGUGACGUGUUAAACGUUACGUUAACCAACACUGCUGCAGUCCAGAUUGGACCGUUAGUAAAGGAAUUCUUUUUAGUGAUCCUCUACAGUGCUCAUAACUUAUUCGGCUCAAACUGUAUAUUGAACCGUUAGUAAGGGAUGUAUUUUUUUAGUGAUCUAUUAAUUUUUUUUUU